AUGAAAGCAAGCAAUGCGAUUGCUCUGGCGACAUCAGCAACUUCCAGGACGCGAAACCAAAGAAUGUCUGCUCUCGCGAGUUGUAUUUCCGUAAUUCUUCUUCUCAGUGGUGCGAAAACCCAAGACUUCACCCGACUGAAUAAAUUGGGGGUUUCUAUGUCGCACAGGCAGAGUAUUCGUCUUCAAACAGCUAUGGGACAUAACUUCAAUGGCAAAGUGCUGCAAUGGAAAAAGAAUCGAGAGGAAGUUUUGGGUGCUAUGAAUCCUUGUCAUGAAGUUAUGUCCAAGCAAAUCCCCGUGUUCCCAGAAGAUGCCAUGGAGUUGGAGAUAUGGUGUGACUUGUCUGAAGAUACCCUCAAAUUGUAUGAGUUCUUCACACCAGGCGCAUACAGCCUACUCAUGGAAGUGAGAACCUUCAAAGCUAAUGAUGAUGAUGACAGCUGUGUACCAGAUUCCACAAUCCAGGGGGUGCUGUCAAAGCUAGAGGGCCGAAAAGUUCCAAGGUAUAGGUAAGGCACAACAUUAAUAAUUUUUCAAUUUAUUCAUGUCUAUAUAUAAACCAAUGUCAAUACUGUUUUUGGCACUUCAGUCUUAAACCUUAAAUUUUACAUUUACUACAUGUAGUUUAGGAGAAAAAGUGGAAAUUAAGGUUUUACACCGGGUGGUGUAUGGGGUUACUACAACAAGGAACUGGGUCAGAAGUUAGCCUAUUUAACUUUACAAAAGUCUCCCUGAACAGUGUUAUUGCUUUAUCAACCUUGACAAGUGGGUUUUGACUUUCUUCAGUUUUUUGGAAUGGAAAUUACAUAUCUCCAACACAUUUUCAGAAAUAAUCUACAACUUGCUACUUAACUAAGCCACCCUCCUUCAGAAAAUUUUGCCAUUGCUCAUAAUAUGAGACUUAAUCCAACCAAGUGUAAAGAAAUGCAUAUUAAUUUCCUACGCAACUCUAAUUGUCUCAUUAACCAAAUAAUAAUUGGUGGCAAAGUCAUCAAGCGUGUCAAUACCUAUAAGAUCUUGGGAGUUAUUAUGGACAAUGACCUGAAGUGGAACUGCCAUGUUGAUUACAUUAUUAAGAAAGCUUGUAAGAAGUUAUACUCCCUUAGAGUUCUCCGCAGAGCCAGGGUGAGCCAACCCAACAUCUUGAGAAUAUACCUUAGCACAGUCCGGCCAGUUUUAGAGUAUGCUGUACCAGUCUGGCAGAACAUCCCUGCUUAACUGUCCGAAGCCAUAGAGCGAGUGCAAAAAAGGACGCUUAACAUAAUCUAUCCCGAGGCAGAGUCAUAUGCUCAUGCCUUACAUUUAGGUAAACUAGAUAGGUUAGAUGAUAGAAGAGCACUCUUGCGCUACAAAUAUAUGGCGAAAAUGAAGUCCCCCAGCCACUCUCUGCACCACCUACUUCCCAGCCCACUUCUGGACGCGCCUAACUAGACCUUAAGGCAGAAAACACAAAAGUGUUAUCUUUUCCGGAACAUGCAGGUCUGUAGAACAAAGAGAGUGGAGGACUUCUUUACAUUAAAUUUUUUAAGUGUUAUUGUCAGAAAAAACCGGGCAAUAGCAAAAGAUCGAGGUCGGCCGUUUACCUUCGUGUUUUCACAGUAUGAAAGCUAUUUGAAAAGAUUAACAACCAUGGCAUUUGGAGAAGUAGCCGUUCGAUUGUCUUCGAGAUAUCACUAUUUCGAGAUUUUGGGACCUCCGGCGACCUAAAAAAGCACAAAUUUUGGCUAACUUUGGGUGAAGUUAAAACAUACUUGGCCAAACUCCCAAUAGUUCUUAUAUUUUUUCCAUAACACCUAUCGCUUCGUUAGUCGACUGGAAUAUGUUAAACUUCCUUUGCUUAAAUACUCUAUUUUUUACCUGGUGCUAAAAAUCGCUCCUGAAUCGUUAAUGAGCGUCACCCAAAUUUCAGUCAUUUUCAGUUGACUGUUUUACCGAGAUGCGGCAGUUUAUUUCAAAAGUAAAAUCAUUUCUAGAUGGCUUAUUGUGCUGUUAUCAAAAUCCAGUUUGUUUAAAAUUGGUAUCUAGCAGCAAAUUGGAGAAAAUGGCAUGCGAAGUACAAUAAUAAGCGACAAGUAUUAAUAUUUCCCGCCAAAUUUUAUAGCGCCACGUUUCGUUUUACUGUGAUUGUGGUUCGUAAAUGUCUUAAAAUAGAUUUUUACGACUUAAGAAGAGAUAAUUGAAAACUUUUAUAUCCCUAAUUACAAGGAAAAACAUUAUAAAUCACCGUAUUGAUAAUAAUCUUUUUAAUAAGCAAGCGAAAUCGUCAAAAAACGAAGCCCAUUUUUCCCGCGAAAGUUUUAAUUUAUUUGUCACGCAGUACAAUAAAGCCGGACUGUAUUCUCAGUUCUGUGCUUUUGACGUUGGCCAGAAAACAAACUUAAAUCAAAUAAUACCAAGAAAAUUCAGAAUUAUCCUAAUUAAAUUACUUCAUAGAGACACCCUGUUUCCAUCGAACGCUAGAGUUGUCAAGAAUUUAAUGAUCGGACAUCACGACAGGUCGAAAACAGAUCAAAAGAUGAAUUGUUCAUUCAGAUCGGAGGAAUCGCCAUGUGGCUUGCGUGGAGUUGGUACGGUUAUUCUGCCGUUACUUGCCUGCAAAAGAGAUAUUACCUUUCAUCUUCUUGGUCUGAAAAUCAGCGUAAAACGUGGUAGAGGAAGCACCGAGGUCAGCGAAUGGGGAAAAUCAUACUUAAGCCCCGCUAAAAUAUUUUUUCUUACCUUGAACUCUAAUUUUACUGACAACAUAAACUUUGCGUGCAAAGCUAAUUGAAAGUACAAACAAACGUUUUGCUUCUAAGUUGUCGCAACACCUGUUGUAGUAAUCUGUGCCAGAAGAGCCUUUUCAUGACAACCAAAAAGUAAACUAAAUUAGUAUUGACAGUCUCUUUUUCUUUUGCAACUGUUUUUGAUGAAAAUCCGGGGGUUCGUAAAAACGAAAGUGAACGAACGCAAAGGGCAAACAUAAUUAGAUUACAGUUUCUUCACAGCUGACACUCUUUUUAUUUAUAUAUUCACAAAUGAGGCAUAACAGAAAAAAGGAUAUGAAAAAAAAAAUACAGCAAGUUGUUCAACAGGAUAAAAAAGUAUUAACCCAGGAUAAAUUAGUAUUACAGUUUUACAGAAAUUAACAAAAGGUUUAUUUGUUAUAUACUGAAAUAUGGCCUUAGAAAUGGUAAUAAAAUCAAUUACCGUGAAGUAAACGCAAAAAAGUUACAACAGAGAAAUAGUCUAGUCGGAAGGCAGGGUACCCAUGCACCCCUAGGAUAUAUUUUUCUAACUUACAUUUUUGUAAUCCUCAAGAUGUCUUGAAAAAGAAAUUCUAUGUUCCCAUCGCGAAAUAUUGUCCCAAGUCCUUUUUUUCGUGCUUUUUGUGGCGGCCAUCUUGGCAGCCAUCUUGGUUUUCUAAUGAAACUUAAUUGCGGACAAUUAGUUUAUCAAAAGAGGCAAAUAAAUAACUUUUAUUUGCGUAUACUUUUACUAUAAAGAAUACCUUUAAAGUAUAUACGUCCUUUUUUUGACAAAUUAAAUAAAUUUGAAGUAAACAGUGAAAACAAAUUAUGAUUUACGCUCAGAAUAAAGAAUAAAACUUAACAUUAUAUUCAACUCAGUUUUUUAUGAUUACCUCUAUUAAUUUUUCCAUUUUAAAAAAGGGCAACCACAGAUUAAAAAGAAUCUUAUAAAGUCCAGAAUUGGAUCAAAGCGAAAAUACUAUUAAAUAAGUCACCCUAUUGCCUUCUUAAAUCAGACUAUGCUUCUAGUACUACAAUCCUAAUGUGAAACAGGCCAAACAGCACAUGAACUUCUAUUAACUGGGCCACUGUUUAAUUUACAACCUCAUUUGAAAUGGUUAUGCAGGGCAUUUUUACGUAUCGCUACUUCUUCUUUUCACUUUAACUUUUAUUCUACACGCCUGUAUAUAAAACCGAAAAAAAAUAUAUGUGAAAAUUUGGAUAGUUUGUACUUAAACUGCGAUUUCAUUUUGAUACUAAUUAAAAAUGCGUUAAGUCAUAUUUUCAUAUUCUUUUAAGAAAGAUUUGAACUAUGUUUUGCACUUUUAAGAGUCUAAAAAAAAAAUCACUGUUAGAAUUUUAAGAGAUGAAACGCAAAGGUAAUAACGCUAAUAGGCAAGACUUUCUUCACAAGCGGCCUGCUCUUCGCCGUAUUUUACAUGCGAGUGGCAUUCAUAAUGGCGAUUUCACAGCACUCAGUAAUGUCAAGGGAUCUGCUACUGAGAAGCUUUCCCAAUUACAUGAAGUUCGUGACAGGCGAGUUAUGGAACCUCAUGAUUCACCGAAUCGCAUGGAAGAUGUUUGUUUGCAGAUUCCAGAGAAUCUCGAGGGUGCAAAUUUAGAAGCAAUCUGCUAUCACCUGUUACCAAAGGUUUACUAAAAACCAGGACAAGUUGAAGUCCAGUGUGACACCUAAUAGUGAAGCCACAACAACAACACGUUCCCCUCGUAAAUCAUCAUCCUCACCUGCUCCGCAGCUGUUUCCUCCAAAUGCAUUUUCUGUGAAAAGCUUGAACUGAAAUUGUAUGGAAAAACAGAGCAAUGCAUCAAGUUCCCAGUGUUCAAGAACAAAGACGGAGCUCUAAAGGAGCCUACUGGGAAACAGAUUGAGCCUCGAGCCCUCGAGCUUGGCAAUAGUCAUCUUCAUCGCAAAGUACAAGGGGAAGAUUUGUUUGCACGAGAGGCCCAGUUUCACCCGUCCUGUCGCAGUUUAUUUAACUUGAGGUAUUUAAAUCAUCUGCGUGAUACAGCCCGAGCCACAAAAGACGUGAAAAAACCGAAACAGAUCAGAAGGCAUCUGCACAUCUGAAGGCAUUCACUGCCGUGCUUGAUUUUAUUUAAGAUUCCGUUAUUGAGCAGAGAAAAGUUCUGUUGCUUUCUUCUCUACGUCUUCUCUACGUCCAAGAGUUGGAGAAAAAUGUGUCCAUAUGAAGUAACUUAAUCAGGAUAAGUCUUCAUUUUGAUGGCAUUGUUUGAUUUAAGUUUGUUUUCUGGCGACCGUCUGAAAACUGAGAAUAAAGUCUGGCUUUACUCUAUUGCGUGACAAAUAAAUUAAAACUUUCGCGGGAAAAAUGGGCUUCGUGCUUUUGACAUUUUUAGUUGUUUAUUCAGGAGAUUGUUAUCAAAACGGAGAUUUACAAUGUUUAUCCUUGUCAAUAGUGAUAUAAAAGUUUUCAAUUAUCUUUUUAGUGAAGUCAUGAAAGUAUAGUUUAAGAUAUCUACGAGCCACAAUCACAGUAAAACGAAAUGUGGCGCUAUAAAAUUUGGCGGGAAAUAUUAAUACUUGACGCUUAUUAUUGUACCUUCGCAUGCCAUUUUUUCCAAUUUGCUGCUACAUACCAAUUUUAAACAAACUGGAUUUUGAUAACAGCACAAUAAGCCAUCUAGAAAUGAUUUUACUUUUGAAAUAAACUGCCGCAGACCUUUUGGGAGUUUGACCAAGUAUGUUUUAACUUCACCCAAAUUUGGCCAAAAUUUGUGCUUUUUUAGGUCGCCGGAGGUCCCAAAAUCUCGAAAUAGUGAUAUCUCGAAGAAAAUCAAACGGCUACUUCCCCAAAUGUCACGGUUGUUCAUCUUUUCAGAUAGCUUUCAUACUGUGAAAACAUGAAGGUAAACGGCCGACCUCGAUCUUUUGCUAUUGCCCGGUUUUUUCUGACAAUAACACUUAAGUGAUUCAAUUGUUAUUUUCAUUGUUAUAACUGUAAAUUACUAUACUCUAGAUAAUAGUUGCCUUAAGAUUGUAAAAUGUACUCGAUAAUUCAGUUCUUCUUACUGCAAGAGAGUUUUAAUAAACUAUUCAUAUAAUGAAAAUGAUCUUCAAAUGUUAUUGUUUUAAAAAAAUUUGUUUUAAAUAUUCAAACAGUUGUGUCCACUCUAUUUCCAGAAUUGUGGAUGACAGUGUUGAUCUCUCUCUGACGGCAAGGAUCCAGAUACCGACUCAUUCCAAUCAGUCAAUACACUGGACCUAUCAGUACACAAUCUUGGAUAGAGUCACCAACAAUCUUGAUGUCUCGAAGCCAAGGGCACUAUUAACUGAGCUUCAGCUAAGCACCGUUCUACCCAUGCUUGAGGUACAGAAUGCAAUCAAGGAGGAUUGUGUUUUACUGGUAUCAUGGAUCAUCACAACUUACCUCAAAGCUUUUCAGCAUUUACGAAGAGUGGUGGUGUAUCACAUUCCUCAUCAUCACAGUGAUAAAAUGGCACAAAAGUCACAGAUUGUAAGUAUGAUUGAUUUCUUUGCAAAUAAAAAAUACAAACACAAAUACAAAUACAAACUAUUUAAUUAGAUUAAUUUUUAUUUUUGUUUAUCAGUCCUUCAUUCUUACAGUAACGAAGGCGAAAAAAACACUAUAUAACUGUCAAGAUAAUCAGUUUACAUAACCUUGAGCUAUCUACCACUUAAUCCCGUUAAAGGGGUGGGGGUCUGGUACUUCUGGAGCAUAAAUCUUUUCAUUUGAUGUCAUUAUUAUGUGCGAGAUAUUAAAGAAGGUUCAUAGUUAAAGUGUCAUGUUUUAUUUUUUUUAGUGUCCACUUGACGUUGAGGUGCGCAACUCCAACAUUUCAGGGGAGAUGGCUCAGUUAAUGAUCAAGAAUCAGACAAAGUAUGUGCCAUCUCUAAAAUCCCACAAAACUAGCCCAGUCCAAAUCUUAGAAAGGAUAUUUUUUGAUGGAGACGCUUUGACUGACGAGAGGUCCAGAAACAUUCAGUGGGUGUUUAAAGAUGGUGAUGAACCAUUUGACCGACUUGAAGGACUAGAUCCUGUUCAUGCAGACUGGCAUGCAAAAGCCAAACUGUAG